GUGUUUUCUGGCUUUCACAGCCUCCAAAUCCCAUCUCUCUCUCUCUCUCUACAUAUACACCAAAUCUCAUCACCGAAAAUCUCUACGUCCUCUCUCUACCCCUCUCGCAUCUCUCUAAAUUCUCCACCGAUCCACACCAAAUCCACCGUGACUCGGAUACCCACCAAUACACCAAUCCGUAUCGAUCCAAUUUCCGAUAGCUUGAUGCAAUUGCAUAUCUGGGUAUAUCUGUAACUUGCAAAACUGAUUGGGUUUUGAUCCCUUUUUUUUUUGUGACGGUACAAUUCAGAUGGGUGGUAACGGAUGUAAUAAAAGAAUGAAUCGGUAUUAUUAGUUUGAAGAUGCCAGGGUUAGCGCAAACAAACAAUGAAAGUCAAUUCAGUAAUGGUGCCGCGGCGGCGUCGUUUUACUCGUUACCGUGCUCAAACGGAUCAGUUGCCAAUGGGUUCUGGUCAAGGCAUCGCAAUGAUGUCAGCUACAAUCAGCUACAGAAGUUUUGGGGUGACUUGUCAGCACAAGCACGGCAUGAGCUCCUGAGGAUUGACAAACAAACCCUCUUCGAGCAAGCCCGUAAAAAUACGUACUGCUCGAGAUGCAAUGGGUUGCUGCUUGAAGGUUUUUUGCAGAUUGUCAUGCAUGGAAAGUCUUUGCAGCAGGAGGGAGCAGUUGGGUCCCUUCUUUGUAACGGGCAAGGAGCCUUGAAAAAUCAAGAUGGUGAUGGUGAUUUGGGUAUGACUACGGCAUGCCAAGAGGAAGUUCAAGAUCCAUCAGUUCACCCUUGGGGAGGUUUGACCACGACUAGAGACGGGACACUGACACUUUUGGACUGCUAUUUGCAUUCCAAGUCUCUGAAGGGACUCCAGAUUGUUUUUGACAGUGCACGGGCGAGGGAACGGGAGCGAGAAUUGCUUUAUCCUGAUGCCUGUGGUGGAGGAGGUCGAGGUUGGAUCAGUCAAGGAAUGAUGGGUUAUGGAAGAGGGCAUGGAACAAGGGAAACAUGCGCUCUGCACACUGCCAGACUGUCUGUUGAUACAUUGGUGGAUUUUUGGUCAGCACUUGGAGAAGAAACUCGACAAUCUCUUCUAAGGAUGAAGGAAGAGGAUUUUAUAGAAAGGCUCAUGUACCGGUUUGAUAGCAAGAGGUUUUGUAGAGAUUGCAGAAGAAAUGUUAUUCGGGAGUUCAAGGAACUAAAGGAGCUAAAGCGCAUGCGAAGGGAACCUCGCUGCACCAGUUGGUUUUGUGUAGCAGAUACAGCCUUCCAAUAUGAGGUGUCUCAUGACACAGUCCAAGCUGAUUGGCACCAAACCUUCAAGGACAAUGUUGCAAAAUUUCAUUACUUCGAAUGGGCUGUAGGAACUGGAGAAGGAAAAUCGGAUAUUCUAGAGUUUGAAAAUGUUGGCACGACUGGAAGGGUUCAAGUGGAUGGUCUAGACCUAGGUGGCUUGAAUGCUUGCUACAUCACUUUAAGGGCUUGGAAAAUAGAUGGCCGUUGUACUGAACUUUGUGUGAAAGCUCAUGCAUUGAAGGGUCAACAAUGUGUACAUUGUAGGCUUGUAGUUGGUGAUGGCUUUGUAACUAUUAGUAGAGGGGAAAGCAUCAGAAGGUUCUUUGAGCAUGCUGAAGAGGCUGAGGAAGAAGAGGAUGAUGAUUCCAUGGACAAAGACGGAAAUGAUAUGGAUGGAGAAUGCUCCCGUCCCCAAAAACAUGCGAAGAGUCCUGAACUUGCUCGAGAAUUUCUUCUAGAUGCUGCAACUGUUAUUUUCAAGGAACAGGUUGAAAAGGCUUUCAGAGAAGGAACUGCAAGACAAAAUUCUCACAGCAUUUUUGUGUGUCUUGCGCUAAAACUGCUUGAAGAACGCGUUCAUGUGGCAUGUAAAGAAAUUAUAACAUUAGAAAAACAGAUCAAACUUCUUGAAGAAGAAGAAAAGGAAAAGCGUGAAGAAGAAGAACGCAAAGAGAGAAGACGAACAAAAGAAAGAGAGAAAAAGCUCCGAAGGAAGGAGAGAUUGAGGGGCAAGGAGAUAGACAGGGAGAAGAAAUCUUCUGAAUCAUACCAAAGUCCAGUUGUUGCUGAUGUUCCAAGGGAGGAAAUUUCCCCCACUGUUGAUGAGCAGCCAAAUUUCUUCAACGACAGGGACCCGAUAUGUGAAACAGGUGAUAUUCCAUCCCCUUAUGCUCAAGAAGAGCAGCUUUCAAAUGAGUCUAUCAUGUUAUACGCGGAAAAUCAUUCAGAUGACAUUCCGGAUGGGGAAUUUUUGAAUUCGAAUGAGGAGAAUGGUUCAUUUGCAAAUGAUCACACAACAGUAUUUCAUCGAAAGCCAAAAAUUCGGAAAGGGUUUCAACCGGAUCCAACCUUGAAAUGGUUGGACAGGAGGCAAUUUGCAGUUGUUUCAGAAAGCGGGGGAAUGGUUAGUAAAUCUGAGCAUAGACAUCAUGGUGAUAAUUUUGACUUUUCGUCAAAGAGUGGCUAUGGAAUGAAUAAACAGUCAAGGUGUAGUGAUUCCACAAAAUCAAUCAGAAAUGGAGGCCCCAAGUUUGGUGAGAGGUCUCGCUGUGCCAACGGCCGGAUGAGUGAUAGAUGCGACUUCCGUGCUUGUAGCUGUGACCAACACAAUGAUUACAAAGCAAAGGUGGAGCCAAAUGCUUCAAUGAGAGUACGUCGGGAGCCCAAGUCAGUUAGUCAGUUGGAAUCUGUGUCUGAUUUAUCCAAGCCGUAUUAUCGUGGUAGCAUUAACAAGUAUAAUCAAAUUGACUAUAACCGUGAGCAUUGUGGGAGGCCUAAAACCAAGAAUGGCACGGGGAAGAAUCCUUUUGUUAGGGAUUUGCAUUAUGCAAAGAAGGUUUGGGAGCCCUUGGAUUCACAGAGGAAGUAUCCCCGCAGCAACUCAGACACUGAUGUUACAUUGCGUUCAUCCAGUGCCAUUUGCUCUGAUGAUGUCACUGAAAAACUGGAUGAAACCAGCCAUAACCAGAAAAACUCGAAGGAACCAAGAAAAAAUUCCCAGAAUGGAUUUUAUUUAGAAGCAAAGGCUCCUCACAACUCAGAUGAAACAGUCGAUGAGGAAAUUGAAUUAUGUUCUGUUACAAAUUCUCCCUUACGUGGAACAUGCGAUCCAUCUAUGAGCACUUCCAAUUCUGACAACUGUUCAUCGUGUCUUAGUGAGGGAGACAGCAAUAUAACCUCAUCAAAUUCUCCCAAUGCGGAAUCCAUGUCCUUGUCAGAUUCAGAAGAUGGAAGAGAAACGUCAGUAUGCAGUGAAAAUAAUGUCACUGAAUCUCAUAAAUCUGAAAUGGAGAGGAAACAAAUGGCAGAGGAGGAAGGGCAAGCUUUAAGAAGCGGGACAUCAUCUGUGUAUAUGCCACAAAAUGGAAAAAGUGAUUUUCCUCUGAAUUUUCCCAAAAAAGCAUCAGAGAAUCUUGAGAAUGGAAGAACAAAUGUCGGUGUGUAUUCACAACAUCAUCACGUGGUGAUUCCACCAAUGCAUAACCAGGGUGGCAUACCCUUUCCUGUAUUUCAAGCUCCUUCAACAAUGGGUUACUUCCAUCAGAGUCCAGUUUCUUGGGCAGCAGCUCCAGCUAACGGAUUUAUGCCCUUCCCCCACCCCAACCACCACUACGUACUUUCCCACCCUUUUGGAUACGGUUUAAACGGGAAUUCACCCUUCAUGCAGUAUGAUUCUCUGCAGCAUUUUGCUGCUCCACUGCUUAACCCAUGCCCGGUGCCGAUUUACCGGCCAGUUGUUAGAACAAAUGGCACAAACUCAAAGGAUCAAACCAAGAUUUCUAAACCUGGUGGGGUCCAAGAUUCGUCUAAUGAACCUAAAAUUGGAAGGGCAGUUCCAGCAGGACAGAGUCCGGUGGAAGAAAUUCCUAUUGGGGAUGGAGGGCAAAAUGGGAACUCAGAAAAAUCCCACAAAGGAAAUUCAGGAUUUUCCCUCUUCCAUUUUGGUGGUCCUGUAGCUCUUUCAACUGGUAAAUCGAAUUCUGUGCCUCCUAAAGAUGGAAUUGUUGGGAGUCGAUCUUCGGAUUUGGCAGUGGAACAUGUUCAGGAUGAUCGUGCUUGCGAUGAGAAAGAUGCUGUUGAGGAAUACAACUUGUUUGCAGCAAGUAAUGGGAUAAAGUUUUCGUUCUUCUGAUGUGGUAUUUAAGCCGCCUCUCCUUUUCUUGUUAAGGGAAAAGUUUGAGUAAUUUGUAAUUCGGAACACAAUAAUGUUUCUCUUAGAAAAUUUUCACAGUAUCUUAUGGCUUUGUGAUUUGUUAUAUUUUAUUCAGUUUGUCUCAAUGUUCCUCCUAAUUUACAGAGAGGAAAGAGGCUGAGAGAGUGUCAUAAUGUUUGAAGGUUUUCUGUAUGAGGUGAGUCUUUCUAGUUAAUGGAGCAGAAUAUAUUUUUCAUGCUUCAUCCAGAUAAUUUGAAUUGAAAGUUUUCACGGUAACUUGUUGAAAUGCAGUUUUGUUUGUUUUCUUGAUUUCUGAUA